GGGUGGCGCUGGUGUUGCUUAGUGCCCGGUGAGAGCAGAGGAAAGGCUGAGGGGGCAGCGAGCAGCCUCUGCUGGCCCGGGCUUCGCUUAUCCUGAGGGGACCCGGCAGGCUGCUCGGGGGAGGCUGCUCUUACCUGCGAGGAUUUUUUUCACUUCUUCGUGUCAUUGUCUUCUUCCCAGAUUGUUGGUUUUAGGAAGAUGUGAUGGGAGGAAAAAGUGCACCCAAAAUCAAAGUAGAAACAAGGGUGGACAAGAGGAUCGAGUCGGAGGAGUCGGGCGACGAGGAGGGCAGGAAGCAGGCGGUGCGCCUGGUGACGGAGCUGAGCCAGCAGAGCCUGCGGGAUGAGCAGAACGGCGAGAGCUCCGCAGGGGAAGCGGAGACACCAGUGGACAUGGAGACCAUUAGCCUGGACCCAGAGGCUGAGGAUGUUGACUUGAAUCAUUUCCGGAUUGGGAAGAUUGAAGGAUUUGAGGUGCUCAAGAAAGUGAAGACCCUGUGUCUGCGUCAGAAUUUGAUCAAGCACAUUGAGAACCUGGAGCAGCUGCAGACCUUGCGGGAGCUGGAUCUCUAUGACAAUCAAAUUCGGAAGAUUGAGAACUUGGAGUCUCUGGUGGACCUUGAGGUCCUGGACAUCUCCUUUAAUGUUCUGCGACACAUUGAAGGACUGGAUCGGCUUACCCAGCUUAAAAAGCUCUUCCUUGUCAACAACAAAAUCAGCAAAAUUGAGAAUUUGAGCAGCUUGCAGAUGCUGCAGAUGUUAGAGUUGGGGUCCAAUCGAAUUCGGGUAAUUGAAAACAUUGACACCUUGACUAACCUUGACAGUCUGUUCCUUGGAAAGAAUAAAAUCACCAAGCUCCAGAACCUGGAUGCCCUGACAAACCUGACUGUGCUCAGUAUACAGAACAACCGUCUGACCAAGAUUGAGGGGCUGCAGAGCCUGGUGAACCUGCGGGAGCUGUACCUGAGCCACAACGGCAUCGAGGUCAUCGAGGGCCUGGAGAACAAUAACAAACUCACAAUGCUGGAUAUUGCAGCCAACAGAAUUAAGAAGAUCGAGAAUAUCAGUCACCUAACAGAGCUGCAGGAGUUCUGGAUGAAUGACAACCUCAUAGAGAGCUGGAGCGACCUGGAUGAGCUGAAAGGAGCCAAGAACUUGGAGACUGUGUACCUGGAGAGAAACCCCCUGCAGAAGGACCCCCAGUACCGGCGCAAAAUCAUGCUGGCCCUCCCGACCGUGCGGCAGAUCGACGCCACCUUCGUUCGAUUCUGAGCCUCCUGUGCCCUCCCUCCCCUGCCCUCCUCCAAGAAAUGUCCCAGCAGGGUUUUUUAUCCACUCACCGCUCCCCAGGUCUUCAGUACACUGACACACACAGGGCAAAAAGUCAACAAAAAGCACUGAAACCAGGUCUCGUGUACAAUGCACUCAUUGUUUUUGAAAUGUUGUUAUUAUUAUUAUUAAAUCUUAACACAAGAG